GCACUACCACCCCAAUUACCCACACCGGAGAGACGAGCAGGAGCGGUGGAGAGAGAGAGAGAGAGAGAGAGAGAGAGAGAGAGAGAGAGAGAGAGAGACGGGGAAGGGAUGAGCGUCUUCGGCGGGGAUAGCUGGGCAAGGGAGGCGCAACACAGAAAGAGGAGAGUAGAUGAUCUUAUGGUGCCCCUGCAUGACACCAAAGAUUCUUCUCCUCCUUCAUACAAGAAGCUAUCCAAUGGCAAGUACGCGUGCCUUGUCUGCCCUAGCAAUCCUAUUCUCGAUUCCCCUCUCAUGCUCUCCAUGCAUAUCAAGGGUUCACGUCACAUGGCUGCUGAAUCCAGACUCAAGGAGAGGGAAUUAUGGAAACAGGAAGAGAUAAAGAAGAGAAUAGCCUUGUCGGGUGAUUCUGCUGGUGCCACGAGUUCAAGUCCAUCCAACAAACAAUUCCAGUUAUCCAGCAAGCCGUUGAUUGAACGGACACGGAAGGCAGCUUUUGAGGCACUACAUAACCAAAUGCCUGAACCAAAUGCUGCAAAUGGUUGCCAUGAUGUGAAAUUCAGGGGAAAUGCUUCUUACUUUGAUUUGAAUUGCCAAUCUGCUUCUGAAAGGGGAAUGGAGCCAUCACCAAGUGUGACACCUGGGCCUUGUCAUCUUGAUGAGAGAAGUAGCAAAUGUGAAAAGAGGGCAGAUGGAGAGAUGCUUGUGGAGCAGCAAGCACGUCAAGAGAGAGAACUGAAGUUCACAUCUGCUGGUUGGAAGCGCAAUUGCCAUGGAAGGUGGUUUAGAGAUGAAAAUGUUGAGUUUGACUCAGACGAGGAGGACCCAAAUAUCUCUCUCACUUAAAGGGAUCUCGAAAAACGGAUGAGCAGGGUGGACUUAUCACAAACAAACGUCGUGGUGGGUCUGCAAGAAAUCCGCGCGUCUGCUUGAGGAGGAAACUGCCUCACCAGAGAAUUGACAAUCAACCACCAAAUGCCAACCUGUCUGAUUGCUGCGUUGUGCCAUUUGGAAGCCUGAGCAUCUAGUUAAAAAAGAAAAA